AUGAGCCCAGCAACACAUCUUAUCUUCAUAUCAACUCCAGCCAUGUCCCGUGGUGGUGGACACUCCGACAAGGUAGUGCGACUGAAUGUAGGUGGCUCCUUCUACACAACCACAAGACCAACACUGUUGUCUGUUCCUGGUACAGUUCUGCACCAGAUAGCCUCUGGAUCCAUGCACUGCCCAAGAGAUGACCGUGGCUACAUCGUCAUUGACCGAGAUGGACAUACCUUUAGAUACGUACUGAAUUUCCUGCGGACCAACAAACUGAUCAUCCCCAUUGGUUACCGGGAGUUGGACAUUCUCAGAGAAGAAGCCAGGUACUACGGACUGGAUCACUUGGUGGCUGCUGUGGACUCUAUUAUUGAGGGCAGGAAGAAGAGAGCCCGGGGGCGGCGCUGGAACGGAGCAGCCCGCAGACUCAGCGCUAGUGUUGGGGAAAAUCUCAAUCUUCUGCCUGAAGAUGACGGCGAUGACUUGGACUUUUUUGAGGACAGCUGGAUUGGUGGCUCCAACUCGCUUCAGUGA